CUUUCCCCUUGUAACUACCCAUAGGUUUCAGUGUACAUCUAACCACCAACAAUUAUCUGGUGAGAGAAGCUGGGACUGUGUUCAGUCCACUGUGCCCAUCCACUGCACACAUUCUCAACUUCUCUGACAGUCUGGGACAAGAACAUAGAGUGCAACGUUAAGAAGUCUUCAGUCUUGAAAACACAAUUUGAACCAUGACAACCAAAUCCCCAGAAAAAAUCAAGGAGGAAUUUCUGUCAUUCACUGAAGAUGCUGUGGACCUCUGUGGAAUAGCAAAUUUCGUCAAGCAUCACUGCAACUCGACAAUUCCUCUUGUUAAACCAAGAAGUUGUACUCUGAGAAUUUGUGGGCUGGAAGAAACUGUGUACGAAGGGGAUGAAGAACAGCUUGAAGCCUGGAAAGAUUAUUACCUGCCAGAAAGGAUGGAAAUGGAGGUAAUUGGUGCCAUUGAUGACUUCCCAUGUGAUGCAUUCGGUCUGCAGUUGGUGCUUUUGUUGGGUGAAGAUGGAAGGGUCUUUGCCUGUGAGGAUGAGCUUUUGCACCUCGUAGCCAGGAAUUUGAGGGACCUGUUCCAGUGCGAAAUGGCUUUCCCUGGAAUAGAGACCUUCAAGCUUGGAGAGUGUUUUGAAGAGCCGACUGAGGAAGAAUAUCUUGAAAUGAUGGAAAGCGAAGAUGUCAAAGAAAUGAAGAAAUUGCACAUAGAGUACAGAGAAUCUCUGGAGCUUGAUUUGCUGAACACUAUGAAUGAAAUCGCACAGAGCCGUGACGUUCAUAAACAAAAACAAGUGGUUUCAGAGGAGUUCACGUCAAGCACAAAACAAAGAUUUCAAGAAAAUGCAUCAAUAUGCAGUUGCAAGGUGGAAAACAGAGAAAAGGUUUGGUACAAUCAAUGUCAUUACAGGGCUUUUUGCCUAUCAAGCCAUGGGCUUAUUGUGUAAAAUGACAUGAAUCCUGUUCAAAUUCAUCUUGAUCAUCUGCUCUUCUGCUCUUCUGCUCAACAUUUAACUAGAAAAUAUUUCUCCGUGUCUUCUCAAGAUUAUAAGUGAAAAACAGUACAUACUUCUUCAGUUAGCUGAGGAGAUUUGAUCAGAGUGGCUUCAUCAGGUGCUGUAGAUUUCCUGGUGACUGACAAGGUUACAUACAGCAAAUCCACAUUAUCCAACAAGCAAUGACAUUCUCUGACAUUCCUCCUCAACUUUGUGCUCCUUGCCUGUGAAUGCUCUUAAAGUGGGACGUUUAAACCUAAUCAGCUUUAUUCUUUAUUCUUUCAUAAAAAAAAUGCAUGUGAUGAUAAAAAAGAGGCAUGUCAUACUGAACUUGGGUAAAUUAAAUACAAUUGUGUAUAUUGUAAAUGUGAUAUAUUUCGACCUGGUAUUUAAUAUUUUGAAUCAAAAUUUUUACAUUCUUUUAUGUGAAUUCCACAGCCUUGAGGUGGUCUCAUUAACCAACAGUGCAUUUCCAUUGGCACACUGAAUUUGCAUAAAACAAGACAUGUAACACAUAAGAUUAAUAUAAUGUAUAUUUUUAUUGGCAAACUGAUCCAGUCACUUUAACAAUAAACAAUGUAUUUCAGAAUUCAUUAAGGAAGAAAGAGAGUCAGGAGAAAAGGAAGGAUGGGUCAGUGAACCAGUUAAUUGGAAUUUAAAAUAGUACAUUUCAUAAUAGUUGUAUUAUGUAUUUUAUAAAUUACACUAAAAACUAAAAGAUGUUAUAUUCAUCUUGGAACUUUUAGGACAUUUCAGUGGUAUGCAUGUGCAGGAAUCAGAUUGAAAUGUUUCACAGUUAUCUCAUAUUCUCUCAAGUGCAAUUAAGUGUCAUCUGUAUUUUUAAAGUGAUACAAAAUAUUCUACAAACCACAUUAAUGCAGCUACAUAAAAAAGAAAAAUACGGUUGUUGUCCUUGCAAAGAAUGGCCAGUCAAUAUUUUGCUGCUAGUGGGGAUUCUGUAUAUUUGUGAAUUUGUAGAACCCAUAAAUGAAUGUUUCAGAAAAUGGUUUGUGUAGAUCACAGUGCCUACCUCUGUAUUUUUCUUUUCUACUGUCUAUAUCUACAUGUACAAUAAUGUAGUUAAACUGU